GCAUUGUUAGCACUUAUUGUUUUUUAUUCUAGUCACUUUUUACGUAACGUUUAGUUCCACCCGGAAAAUAUGAACUAUUCUCGAGAGGAGAAAAUUUGUUCGUGUUUUGUUGAAUUUGACCUCACGAACUUUAGUUGUAAUUUUGACACAUGUCAAUAAUGCAGUGACGUCUCGCAUUUCGCAUCAUAUUUUAGCAAUUUUAAAUCUACCUUAUUUCUAAAAUGGAUUUUCGAAGUUCCGAACUCGUGGUGAAAUAAUAAAUCAGUUAUUAUUGUGUUAUAUUUUUUAAAUUGUUCGAUUGAAACCCCAAAAUGACUACGAAGGAAUUAUACACGAAGGAUGCCCGUAUAUGGGUGGAGCAUCCUCUAUACGUAUGGGAGGGUGCAACCGUGACCAGUGAUUACCGUUCCGGUGUCCUCAUCGUGAAGAUAGACCAGACUGGUGAAAUUCGACAGAUUAAAAUCGCAGACGAAACGAAGUUACCACCACUACGGAAUCCAUCAUUGUUGAUCGGACAAAACGAUCUCACAUCACUGUCGUAUCUACACGAACCGGCUGUGCUACACAAUCUAAAAGUCAGAUUUUGCGAUCGAAAUGCCAUCUACACGUAUUGUGGGAUCGUGCUUGUCGCUAUCAAUCCUUACUACGAUUUACCAAUAUACGGUGAUGAAACAAUUAUGGCAUACCGUGGUCAGUCCAUGGGAGACUUGGAUCCCCAUAUCUUUGCGGUAUCAGAGGAGGCCUACACGAAACUUGAGAGAGAACGGAGGGACCAGAGUAUUAUCGUGAGCGGUGAGUCAGGCGCUGGUAAGACGGUAUCAGCGAAAUACGCGAUGCGAUAUUUUGCUGCUGUUGGUGGUAAUGCCAGCGAGACUCAAGUCGAGAGGAAAGUCCUCGCUUCAAGCCCUAUCAUGGAGGCGAUAGGCAACGCAAAAACAACGCGUAACGACAACUCCUCCCGCUUCGGAAAAUUCAUCGAGAUACACUUCGACAAUCAAUACCGGAUAUCCGGUGCGAGCAUGCGCACAUAUCUCCUGGAAAAAUCCAGGGUCGUGUAUCAGAGUCCCGGAGAACGGAACUACCAUAUAUUCUACCAAUUGUGUUCCGCGUCACAUUAUUUGCCCGAACUGAAGUUGGAUCAUCAGGACUCAUUCCACUAUCUGAACCAAGGCGGAUGUCCCAACAUCGACGGAGUGGACGACUUGAAGGCAUUCAAUGACACAAAGAACGCCCUUUCAAUACUAGGCGUGUCGGAGUCCGAGCAGCAGAACAUGUUCACGGUGCUGGCGGCCAUCUUGCACCUCGGCAACGUGCGGCUCGCGUGCGACCCCGACGCCGACGCGGACGACGCCUACAUCGACGUGGACGACGAGCACCUGGUGGCGGUGUGCUCGCUGCUGGGGAUCUCCAAGCUGGAGCUGUCGCGCUGGCUCACGCACCGCCGGAUCGCGUCGGCGCACGAGGUCAUCGUCUCCCGGAUGGACAUCCGCAAGGCCGUCUUCGCCAGGGACGCGCUCGCCAAGAGGCUCUACGGGGAGCUGUUCGCGUGGCUCGUCCAGGCCGUGAACAGGGCUUUGGAUACAGGGCAUGCGAAAAAGCAUUUUAUCGGUGUUCUGGAUAUCUACGGGUUCGAGACAUUCGAGAUAAACUCCUUCGAGCAGUUCUGUAUCAAUUACGCCAAUGAGAAGUUACAGCAGCAGUUCAACUCCCACGUCUUUAAGUUAGAGCAGGACGAAUAUAUUAAGGAAGAGAUAUCGUGGAAGAUGAUCGACUUCUACGACAACCAGCCGUGCAUCAACCUCAUUGAGGACAGGCUCGGUGUGCUGGCGCUCCUGGACGAGGAGUGUCGCGUGCCGCAGGGCUCCGACCGCGGCUUCGUGGCCAAACUGCACGACAAGUGUGCCAAGUACCCGCACUUCCUCAAGCCCAGGUUCGGCGACGCCGCGUUCAUCAUAAAGCACUUCGCCGACGACGUGGAGUACCAGUGCGGCGGCUUCCUCGAGAAGAACCGCGACACGGUGCUCGAGGAGCAGCUGGAGUGCAUCCGGUCCGGCGCCGGCUGCCGGCUCGUGCGCGUCAUGCUGGCCGACCCGGGCGAGCAGAGCGCCACGCUGCCCCCCCCGGCGCGACGCCGUCCCCCCGCGGCCGGCAGCCUCACGCAGCCGGCCCGGCGCGCGUCCGGCCAGAAGGCCACGGUGGGCGCGCAGUUCCGGGCCUCGCUGUCGGCGCUCAUGGGCACGCUGUCGGCCACCACCCCCCACUACGUGCGCUGCAUCAAGCCCAACGACACCAAGCAGGCCUUCCAGUUCGACGCCUCGCGCGCCGUGCACCAGCUGAGAGCGUGUGGUGUUUUAGAAACCAUAAGGAUAUCAUCGGCCGGUUUUCCAUCGAGAUGGCUCUACCAGGACUUCUUCCAAAGAUAUCGCCUGCUCUGUCGGUCUAAAGACAUCGAUCGAGCGAACAUUAAGAAGACGUGCUCGAUAGUUCUCGAGCGACACGUGAAGGAUCCGGACAAGUACCAGUUUGGCGCGACCAAGAUAUUCUUCAGAGCCGGACAGGUGGCGUUCCUGGAGAAGGUGCGCGCGGAGCUGCAGCGGCUGUACUGCGUGCGCGUGCAGAGCUGCGUGCGCGGGUUCGUGGCGCGGCGCCGCUACGCGCGGCUCGUGCGCGCGCUGCGCGGCCUGCAGGCGCACGCGCGCGCCCACCUCGUGCGCCGAAAAGUGCAAGAGAUUCGCCGUAAUCGUGCCGCUAUUAAGAUACAGAAGAAUGUUCGCGGCUGGCUCGCGCGGACCAAGUACAGGAGGUUACGGAAGCUGGCUGUCGGCCUGCAGGCGCGGUGUAGAGGAUACCUGGCCAGAAAACUGUACAAAAAUAAGAAGAUUCUUAAAGUGACCAUUGGAAUACAACGCUAUGCGCGCGGCUAUCUCGCGAGGCAGAAGGCGAAGAAGAAGAGACGACAGAUCAUCAUAUGUCAAUCUGCGGUCCGGCGCUGGGCGGCCCGGCGGCAGUACAAGCGGCUGCGCAUCGAGGCGCGCAGCCUGGACCACGUGAAGACGCUGAACAAGGGGCUGGAGAACAAGAUCAUCAGCCUGCAGCAGCGCCUCGAGGUCGCGCUGGGGCAGGCGCGCCGCAUCGAGCCGCUGCAGGCCGCCAUCGCCGACCUCAAAGCUAAAGUGGAAACACUGAAACUCGUCGAAGUCGAAGCGAAGGUACUCAAAGUCGACAUUGUGAGCAAAGACAACCUCCUCAACACGCUCCGUGUGGACAUAGCGAAGGAAAAGGAAACGAAUAAGAAGUUGAUAGAGGAGAAGAGAGCCAUAGAAGAAAACUAUAAGAAGCAUAAAGAAGUAUGGGAAGCGGAGAGUGAGAAGUUGGCCAAUGAGCUCAAGAGUAAUAAAGAACAUUACGAAAUGGCUAUUGAGGAACGCGAUAAGCAACACGAAGCCGAGAAGAAAGCGCUGUGUCUCGAACUGGAAGCAGAGAGACAGAGUCGACAGAAAUUGUUAUCAUCUCAAUACGAAUUGCAGGAACGUUUCGACUCUAUUCAAACUAGAGCUCCAGUGCCCAAAGAACACAGAAGAUCAUUGUCCGAUGCCAGCACUAAUUCCCAGCAAGAGAUCACCGUUGAGGAUGACUUCGGCUACGGGUCGGUGCGCUCGGUGGAGUCGUCCCGGCCGGCGCUGGAGGCCGUCAACUGGUCCGCCGGCUCGCACAACGGACCUGCCCCGAUGGCAGACGCUGGCCUGGUCCUCCGCAUGCAGAACAGGAUAUCCGUGUUGCAGAGCGAACUGUCCCGCACCGCGAAGCGAGCUGCGGACUUGGAGGAGAGACUUAUGAAUCGUAUGACGUCACCGCCCUCAAACCCAGAUACCGACAGGUUCAGGGUCGAGGAAUUGGAGAUAGAGAACAAAAAGUUACGAGAACACUUGGAGAGGUUGCGAUCCGCUGACACGUCGCAGACCUCGCGGGAGAUUGUCGAACAACUGAGCGCCAUGCAGGAGGAGUUGGAUCGACGUCGCGACGAAUGCAUACAGCUGAAGAAUGUUCUGACACACCAGAAACCGUGGUUCCAAGCGUUGAAGAGUGUUACGGUGAAUCUGAAGUCGCUCGCAAGCAACUACGGUUCGGAUGUUGACAUUAUAAACGAAGAUGGCGAACUGGCAACGGCUUACGAAGCACAGAAAGGAAUCAAUAGACAACUCCAAGAAGAAUUAUCCGCUGAGAAGAAGUUCUACGCGGAGCACAUAUCGAAGGCGAAACAGGAAAUGGAUCGGCUUCGAGAUGAAAAUGAGAAAUACCAAAAGUUGCUGAGCGCAGAUUUAAGUCAAGAACCUAAGAAUAAGACCCAGGAAUAUGCCCAGAAUGAAAUCAUAAGACUUGCUUCUGAAAGUCUCGCAAUACAGGAACGAGUCGAUAAGCUCUCCGAGAGUUGUCGCAGAUACAAGAACCAAAUAAGACUUUUAGUUGGAAAGUUAAAGGAAGCCGGUGUUGAAGAUGUUCAGGACAUUUUGGAAGGGAACGAGACAAUCGUAUCUCAGAAUACGUCAACAGCGCUCGAAAUACCGCCCGUUAUGAGGAAGAAGGAAAGGGAGUACCUUGGAAUGUUCGAGUACAAGUUGCAAGAUGAAGGAACUAUUAUUAAGAAACUAAUUACAGAGCUGAAGCCGCGCGUGGCCACGUCGCUGCUGCCGGGGCUGCCGGCCUACAUCCUGUUCAUGAUGCUGCGCCACACGGACCACGUGGACGACGAGCCCAAGAUGCACCAGCUCAUCAAGGCGGCGCGAACGGCCGUCAAGAAGGUCAUCAAGCGCCGCGCCGAGAGCGUCGAGUACUACGCGCUGUGGCUCGCCAACAUGCUGAGAUUGUUAAAUAAUUUAAGACAAUACAGCGGGGACGUGAAGUAUCAAGCCGAGAACACGCCGAGACAGAACCAACAGAGCCUGAGGAUCUUCGACCUCUCCGAGUACAGACAAGUGCUGAGCGAUCAAGCUAUUUCCAUUUAUCAGGGUCUGAUCACGCUGCUGGAGCGGCAGCUGGAGCGGCUCAUCAUGCCGGCCAUCCUGGAGUACGAGGAGAUCAGCGGGCUGUCGGGCCCCCAGCGCGCCGCGCCCCCCUCGGCCGCGUCGGCGGGCCCCGCGCGCCUCAAGCACGAGCUGGGGGCCACGCACGACACGCUGCGCGCGCACGCCGUGGACCCCCCGCUGCGCGUCAUCCUGUUCCGGCAGCUAUUCUACUACAUCUGCGCGUACAGCUUGAACCAGUUACUGUUGCGUAAGGACCUGUGCUGCUGGGCUAAAGGUCUGCAGAUCAGGUACAACAUCUCACACCUGGAGACCUGGAUAAAGGAACAUCUCGCUGAGUACGGGCAAAAGAGCAUGGAGGAGAUCCUGAGCGUGCUGAAGCCGAUAACGCAGGCGGUGCAGCUGCUGCAGGCGCGCAAGUCCAUGGCCGACGUGAGCAGCACCGUGGAGAUGUGCGCCGACCUGUCCGCCGUGCAAGUCUGCAAGAUCUUAAAUAUGUAUACCCCCGCUGAGGAGUACGAGGUGAAGGUGACGCGGGAGUUCAUUCACGAGAUACAGAAACUGAUGCAGGAGAGGGCUGGACCUAACGCUAACAAGGAACCGCAAAGCCUCCUCAUGGAUACGAAGAUGAUAUACUCCGUGCAUUUCGAAUUCAGUCCGUCACCGAUCCGCCUGGAAGACAUAGAAGUACCAGAAGUGUUGGAGCUGAACGGACUCCUGACCAAGAUAUAAGGAUGCGGUAAUUUUUAUCACAUUCAAACAUAAUUUACGACGAAAAUUGACUUCCAAUUUGCCUAGAAGUUUCAGAAGUAUUGAAUUUCACACUUUAUAUAGUAUUUAUUUGGCUGUUAUAUAUGGGGACGUGUAUAAAAUGAUAUUAUGCUUUAAAAAUUUUACAUGUCCAAAGUAUUUGUUUGAAAUUUAAUUUAUAGUAUAUAGCGGAUCGUUAGAAAGAGAAGAUAGUAUUUAUUAUAUAGGAAAGAAUGAGAUAGACAUAUUAUAACAUUAAUUUAGUUCCUAUGAUUUGUAGCUGUUCUCUUUUUACUCGACCACGGCGGAACUAAAGAGUAUUACGUUUAUUUAUCGAUUUUUCUAUAUUUAAUUUUACAUGCCUUUUAAGUCACCAUUUAUUCAAUAUAGCCGACGAUACACAUAUUAUAUAUAAAGCUCUUUAAGACAUUGUUCAGUUUUGUUGUUCCAUUUUUAAAAAGUAAUUUGAAUUUGAAUGACGUACAUGCUUGCUCUCCCUUUUCACCACACUAGUGUGAAAGAGAAAGCAACAUUAUCUAGUAAAUGAAUGAGUUGCGUUUAACAAUUUUUGUCUUCCUUUUUUAAAUCGUUUUUGUUUACACAAAUUAGUCUCCGUAUCGUGUGAGUCUAGUUCUUAUGACUAAUGUAAACCAAUCCAAUGUCGUGAUUUGAAAGGGUAUGUUAAGUAUUGUUUGUUUAUGUUUAAAUAGAUUUAUGGGGAAAACAAUUGAUUCCAGAAAUAUAUAAAUUAGUGUUGUAUAUCGAUAGCUAACUAUCGAUAUACUAUCGAAAGUUAAGGUGUUAGAGAUAGUAUCGAUAGUAUCGAUAGCUCCCCAUGAGCAGUAUUGUCGAUGGUAUUACUUUUGACCUAAACUAUCGAUAGUCCAAACCUAUCGAUACUAUCGAUAGUAUCAAUAGUAUUGCUGCUACCAAUAGUAUUGCUCACGGAGAGCUAUCGAUACUAUCGAUAGUAUCGAUAAUAUUGAUCAAAACGAUACUAUCGAUAUCCUGAAUAGUUUUCGAGAUCAACUAUCGAUAGUUCUACUACGCUGAUAUAAAUCGACUUAUCUUGCCUCAAAUGAAUACCAAGUAAAAAUAAAAUCGUGCCGGGUUCAAUUUACGACACUACUGACCGCUAAGCAAAAAAACAUCCAAAUAUAUAUAUACAGAUAUACAUCAUAUAUAUAUAGAAUUGAGAAUUUCCUCGAAGUCGGUUAUAUAUAAAAAAAAACAUAACAUUCCAAUGCAUUUAAUUUUUAUUUCGUUAUUUUAUUGCCAUACUUAUUAUGUACCAUAUUAAUGUACUUAUCAACCGAAUUUGGUGCCAUUGCUAUUUUCUAUAUAAAAAAAAAAAACUUUAUUGGUAUGUAUU